AUGAGUCUAAAUUGUCUAUCAUGUCAAGCUCUUCCACGUACGGAUUCCAACAACGAGUUUGAUCUCUCUGGUCCUGGACCACCAACGGUCGAAAGUCACCAUGUCUUAGGUAAAACAUAUUGUGCUGAUCAGGUUGGUGGGAGAAAUUGGUCAGGGAAUUUGAAUGCUAAGAUCUCUGAUAAAAUUGGACGAUCAGGAUCCUCUUUAGCGCAAAGAAUGAAGAAGGUGAAAAAGAUUCCUCAUAUUAGGCUUAGUGGUCCGGUUGGUUCUAACUCUGGCAAUGGGAUGCUUAGAACCGAACAACCAAAGCUUGUGAGAAGUAGUGGAAUGAGAAGGAAUUGGAGUUUUGAGAAUUUGAGAGAUCAAGGGUUGAUAGAAGAGAAGAGCAAGGUUAACAUAUGA